GGUGUAGUUUGUAUUCACGAUGCACGUUGAUUAAUCGGUCGCAUUUAUCAAGUGGAUAAUCACAACUUUAAGUGGACGAAGCAUUUUUUAUGUCACAUCGUCCGCUCUUCGAUUGUAUAGGACACCAGAGGGUACAUCCUCUCUCUAUAGUGUCGAUUGGUUACGCGAGUGUGAUCUUGAAGCGACGCACGUAUGGUAAUGGCUCAAUUACUGCAAUGACACACAGUUCGAAUCGCAAAAAGGAUCAAAAGCUAUUUGCAUGAGCUGAUAACAACCAUAAUGAACGAAUUGGUACCCGUUAUGAUUCUCAAAAGAAUGACGAUCAAAUCGCUGCUUGGAUCAUUUGGACCUUACAAUUGAAUUAGAACAUCUUAGCGGAUGCACUGGGAAAGGUGGAAAUACGAUUCAUGCGCAUUCAAGAGAUCCAGACAGUUACAUCACAUGGUGUUUAAGUUUUUAUCAAUCAAGAUCUAACGUCGUAAUAUAUACAUAUAUUCAAAAUUCUAUGGAGAAUUUAGUAGAAACGACUGGUGGAGAGUUAAUACUAAAUCUCGAAUGUAUCGCAAUGCUGUACCAAUUGCGAGAAAUGGGGUACAUAGUGUCAUUUCUUCUUGAAACAAACUAUGAUAAUGUAGGAGCUGGUGAUGGAGUGUUGAAAAAGUUGAAUGGACAAACUAUCGAGUGGAACGUUGUUGGACAGAUACAACUUGUAGCUGGUAUCACUAGUCUUUCAUUAAGUCGUAAUGGUACCCAAUUGUUCGCUGGUACAUCAGCGGAAAAAUGUACCAUAUUCGUGCCACAACUUUGGCACUUAUACAAGCACAACCUGUGCCUUUGGUUCAUCGUGCCAAGAAUUUAGUACAAUCUGGGCAUAUGAAUGUACCACUUUACAACCAAAGUCACAGCUCAUCGUUGUGAAGUAACAACAAUAACUUCAAAUACCCAAUAUAUUGUAAGCAUACAAAUGAU